AUGGCCAAUGUCACCAUCGACCAGCUGAGCCCGGAGCAGAAGGGUGAGCUGGCCUGCACUUACGCUGCGCUGAUCCUCCACGAUGACGGCGCAGAAACGUGGCAGCAACGUUUCGGCGGGAUUUGCGCCGAGUCUAGCGAUUUGGUGAAGUCCAAGUCGUGCCUUGAGGACAUCACGCCCGCCUCCAUGAGCACUUUGAUCAAGGACCAGCAGCAGCUUGAGAUGACUCAAUGUUAG